UGCGGACACGCCCCCUGUGAGUCAGAGGGUUUUAGGAGAGCUACUGUAAUGACAGCUCAAAGCUGUCCACGUCAACACUGAGCUACAACCAUGGACUCCGCGGCUCUGGAACCCUCGCUCUACACUGUGAAGGCUGUCUUCAUCUUAGACAACGAUGGAAACCGACUGCUUUCAAAGUACUAUGAUCCAGAACUUUACCCAUCCAUGAAAGAGCAGAAGAAUUUUGAAACGAACAUCUUCAACAAAACACAUAAAGCUGACAAUGAAAUCUCUUUCUUAGAGGGAAUGACGAUAGUCUACAAGAGCAGCAUAGACUUGUUCUUCUAUGUAGUUGGCAGCGCUCAGGAGAAUGAGCUCAUGCUGAUGGCAGUGUUGAACUGCUUGUUUGAGUCUCUCAGUCAGAUGUUGAGGAAGAAUGUGGAGAAACGGACUCUGUUGGAUAACAUGGAUGGAGUGUUCCUGGUGGUGGAUGAAAUCAUCGAUGGAGGGGUGAUCCUAGAGAGUGACCCCCAGCAGGUCAUUGAGAAGGUCAACUACAGGUGUGUGUCAGAACAAGCGUACGGCUUCGUCCUUUUUGAUUACAUCACUGGUAACACGGAGGACCAGGGGGAGAAGCGUCAGCUCCUGUAGUUCUCCUUCAGCCCCCCUCCUUCACUCCCUCUGAUUCAGAGCUGGAUAGAGAUGGAGAGAGAGAGAGAGAGAGAGAGAGAGAGAGUGGGCAGGUACCUGCAUGGCAUGCACAAGUGUGUGUGAGGCUCCCAAGAGGGACAGCUGUAACCCAGGCGGACGAUCAAUAUUAAGAAAACAUGGCUCUGACAUCUGAGCAUAAACCUUUCGCUGCGGAGCGGGAGACACUGAGUCACUUCUUUGAGUUACACUCACAUAAACUCACUCAAUCAAUGACCGGCAUGAUUUCAGUCCACAGUUCUGAUUUAUGCUGUUAUGAGCUUCAUUUUUUACUCCAGUAAAAGGGAGGAAGACGCUAAGACCCACCUAUAAAAUAAAUGAUUUCAAAUAAGAUUUAAAUAUAUUGAAUACAAAACAGCAUAUAUUUUUUUAUUAGUAGUAUAAGUACAACAUAUUAUAUGUGAAUACAAUUCACAUAUAGAUUUAAUUUUUGUGAUCGUUUAGUUUUAUUUAUUCAAUUUUAGUGAUGGUCCUGCUUCUGUCCAGUGAUCAGCUCUAGUGCCGGGAUGUCUUCUGUGGGAAUAUAUCGUCCCACAAAUGUCCACCCAUAAAAUAAAUGAUCAACUUUAAAUUAAAAUUUUAAAAACAACAAAAAAUCUAUUAUAUAAUAUACUUAAAUUAAACUCUAAUCUUAAGAUUUAAUCUCAGACAAAUAUAUUUUUCAAAUAAAUUUUAAAAUAUAUUUUAGGCAUUUAAUUUACCUGGAAAAUUAUUGUAAUUAUUAUUUAUUAUGCUUCAUUACACUUUUUUAUUUUUUAAAUACAAUAUGGUUUUUUAAUUCAUUUUUAAAAAUUACUUUUACUUUACCAUUUACUUUUCUGUACUAUUUUUCAUGAGUAGUAAAAUAUAUGUUUAAAAUAUAUUUAGAUGUUUUUUUUUUUUUUUACUCAGUUUUAGUGAUGGUUCUGCUCUAGUGUAGUGUUUGAAUAAUAUGGACGCUAAAAUAAAGCCAAUAUUUACAUAAUAAAUCUAAUCUAAUAUUACUUAUUUUAAAAAAUAUUUACAAAACAUUUACUUAAUUGACAACAGACAAUGUUCAUUGUCUAUUAUCAAGGCUGUUGAAAUAUCGGUUGAAAGUGAACUUACACUUCAGUUAACUGGGCAAGUGGGCGUUAUUAUCAACCAAUGCCAUUCAUCUCAAAUUUGGCAGAAAUUUGCAGAUCAUUUAAUCUAUUAUUGCUCCAGAUGUUCUUUUGGGACAUUGUUUUUGUCCAUUAGUGAUGUUUAUCAGUAGUAGCAGUUGAGUUGUGGUGUGUUGUUGCCCUUUAACCAUCUCUUUGGCAUACAGUAACAGUCUGAAACAUCUUGCAUGAUGUCUGGCUUGGUUGCUUAUGGUUUAUGUCAGUCAGUUAUUAUUUUAAUUAUAACUGGUUUUCAUUUUGGUUAUU